UCAACAUGAAUUUUACGGAGCCCAGCCCACUGGCGCAAUCAACCGUAGUGGGUUUUCCGCCUGAGUUAGAAAGUCUCACACCCGUGCCUUCCAAUGAGACCACUUGUGAAAACUGGCGGGAGGUUCACCAUCUGGUGUUUCACGUGGCCAACGUUUGCUUCGCAGUUGGUUUGCUAAUUCCCACCACUCUCCACCUCCAUAUGAUACUGCUCAGAGUGAUGCUGUCUAUAGGAUGUACCCUCUACGUGGUCUGGGCCACUCUCUACCGCUGUGCCUUGGAUAUGAUGAUCUGGAACUCGGUGUUCUUGGGUAUCAAUAUUUUGCAUCUUUCAUAUCUUUUGUACAAGAAAAGACCGGUCAAGAUUGAAAAGGACCUGGGUGGUGUCUACCACCGACUGUUCGAACCCCUCCGAGUCCCUCCGGAUUUGUUUAGAAGGCUAACUGGACAGUUUUGUGUGAUCCAGACCUUGAAAAGGGGCCAGGUUUAUGCCACGGAGGACAAAACCUCAGUUGAUGACCGUCUUAGCAUUCUCCUAAAGGGAAGAAUGAAGGUCUCCUAUCGAGGACAUUUUCUGCAUAACAUUUACCCGUGUGCCUUUAUAGAUUCUCCCGAAUUCAGAUCAACGCAGAUGCACAAGGGUGAGAAAUUCCAGGUCACCAUUGUUGCGGACGAUAACUGCAGGUUUUUAUGCUGGUCGAGAGAAAGACUGACGUACUUUCUGGAGUCAGAGCCUUUUCUGUAUGAAAUUUUUAGGUACCUUAUAGGGAAAGACAUCACAAAUAAGCUGUACUCACUGAAUGACCCCACCUUAAAUGAUAAAAAAGUGAAGAAGUUGGAGCCCCAGAUGAGCCUCAGCACACAGAUCUCCAUGCUGGAGAUGAGGAACAGCAUCACUAGCUCCAGCGACAUCGAGGACGGCCUCCACCACUUCCUGCGGGGCUCCUCCAGCACGGCUUCUCUCCCCAUGUCCUCCCCGCAGCAGCGGGCCUCGGCCAAGAUGAAGCCAAUCGAGGAAGGGCUAGAAGAUGACGAUGAGGUCUUUGUGCCGAUGUCUUCAGCUCAUCAGUUGCCUUGAGCAGCAUCUGGCGACCACGACAGAGGCUGACCUGAGGAGCAGAAGACCCACGCUCUGCUAUGACCUUUGGUGGUUUGCUUCAGUCCUGCCAGAUGGGAAGUGAGGGGCGGCCGCAGACAGGAGCUGUGUGCUGCCUGUCCCGCCAGCCAGCGCCUUGUGCUAGCCGAGCCUUCUGAGUAGACCUCACUCUAUUUUCAGACAUGUAUUUUUGCAGUAGAUAUAUUAAUAUUGUUUUAAUUGACCUUGAAGCUGUCAACACAUCGCCUUUUCGCUUAUUUUUCUAAGUUGUGGCCCUUUUCUCACGUGUGCUUCCCCCCCUGUUGUGGGAAUUUGGAACGAGUAGUUGUUUUGAUCAUCUUAGCGAUGUAAGCCGAAGUUGAGGCUGACACGACAUUAAAAAGUUUACCUUUUGUU